AUGUGGCUCCAGAUGUCUUUCCUCUGUCUAUCCUUCUUAACUUUGUCCAGCCAAAGCCAGGCCCAAGACCGAGUCUCCCUACACCGCUCCAAUGACCACACUGGACGCUGCCACUACACCUUUACGGUGGCCAGUCCAGAGGAGUCCAGCUGUUCUGGAAGCAGCAUGAAACCAGAGAUGGAUGGUGUCCUGUCCCGGGUCACUCUGCUGGAGGCUUUGGUAAGCCAGCUCAUUGCAGGAGUGAAUGGAGGCGCCGGGACUGUGGUCGCGACCAACGGUGAAGAGGGUCUCCAGGAGGCUUACUCCCAGGUUACAAGGGAAAGAAACCAGCUGCAGCAGCACAAGGGGCGUCUGAACAGGCAGGUCCAGGAUCUGCAGAGGAGGCUGGCCGAGCUGACUCAGGAGGCAGAGAGCCUCAGGCAGAAACCCUGCCAGCAGACACACACCUCAGGGGGGACUCAGCGUGAAAACAGACCUGCCAGUGACCCUGCAUCUGAUUUUGGGAAUGGUGCAUACCAGGAGAUGAAGGCUGAGGUAACAGAGGUUCCAGCAUCCCACCUCAUUCCAGAAGGAAAUCACAACUUGAGAGGUUGUGGAGAGCUGCAGUCAGUGGGAGACCCUGUGUUGUACAGGAAGGCUGACAGUAUCACAGGGAAGUAUGGAGUGUGGCUGCAGGAUCCCGAGCCUCAGGGUCCUAAUUACACCAACAAGACUGUGUGGCGUAUCGACACAGUGGGUAAUGAUGUCCGUCAGCUCUUUGCAUAUGAAGACAUGGAACAAUUCUCUCGAGGAUUCCCUAUGAAGGUCUUGGUCCUGCCAGAGCCUGUGGAGAGCACAGGGGCAACCUUGUACCGCGGCUCCCUCUACUACCAGCGCAGACGCAGCCGUACCCUGAUCCGCUACGACCUGGCUUCUGAGAGCCUGGCAGCACGCCUGGACCUGCCUCAAGCUGCCUUCCAUGGCCAGCAUCCUUACUCCUGGGGUGGCUACACUGACAUCGACCUGGCGGCGGACGAACAGGGCCUGUGGGCUAUCUACAGCACAAACAAGGCAAAGGGUGCAAUCGUGAUUUCCCAGCUGGAUCCCGAGAGCCUGGCGGUGAGGAAGAGCUGGGAGACCAAUGUCAGGAAGAACACAGUGGCCAAUGCUUUCAUGGUGUGUGGACGUCUGUACACAGUGGCCAGCUACACUGCACCCAACACUACCAUUAACUAUGUUUUUGACACGGCCACCAGUGUGGGGCAGGCUGCUGCUGUGCCCUUUAAGAACAAGUACCGUUACAACAGCAUGGUGGACUACAACCACGCCCAGAGGAAGCUGUACGCUUGGGACAACUUCCACAUGGUCACCUAUGAUAUCAGACUGGGCAGGGCCAGCCAUGGCAGCAGCUAAAGAGGACACAGACAGAGAUACACUGCUGUUUACAGGACUGUGCUGAUGCAAGAGCAAGUGAAUGAAA